UUCCCGUUGCCAUCGUCGCCAUCUUGUUCAAUAAACGACGCUAAAGAUUCUGCUAUUGUGUAUACGAGUUUCUUACUGCUGUAGAUUGUUUGAAACAGUUUUCUAGAAUGAAUGUGUUUUGAAGUAUGAUAUUUGCAUAACCAAAAUGAGUACUACCACUGGUAAAAAGAAAAGUGGUGGUUUUUUAACACGCCAGGUAAAAUCAAGGGAAAAAACCAUUGACUCUAUCACGGAGGAGGAAUUACUGAAGAAAGACACUGUAACCCCAGAGGAAGUCCUCCGACUAAAUAAAAUAACAGAAAAGUAUCUAUGUUCACCUGACGCAAACAUUUAUGGCAUCGACUUCACAAGGUUCAAGCUGAGGGACAUGGAAUCAGGGGCAGUUUUGUUUGAAGUGGCAAAACCACCACCACCAGAGGAUGGGGAGUCAGAUACAGAACCUGAAGAUAUAGACCCUCAUGCUGGUAGAUUUGUACGGUACCAGUUUACACCACAGUUUUUAAAGCUUAAAACAGUUGGAGCAACAGUUGAAUUUGUUGUUGGAGACAAACCAGUGAAUAAAUUCAGAAUGAUUGAGCGACAUUUUUUCCGAGAUAAACUACUGAAAAGUUUUGACUUUGAAUUCGGAUUUUGCAUUCCACAUAGCAGAAAUACAGUUGAGCAUAUCUAUGAAUUUCCUGUGCUUACUCCAGAUGAAGUGGAGGAUAUGAUUGCUCAUCCAUUCGAGACCAGAUCUGACAGCUUUUAUUUUGUCGAGGACAGGCUUAUCAUGCAUAACAAAGCAGACUAUGCCUACAAUGGGGGGACAUAACUUCAGCUGGACUGGAGAACUCUUCUUCAUUCAUUACGAACAUCAUGUCCAAUAACAUAUAUAUUAAAAGACAUAUCUAUAUAUUUUGUGGCAUUCCACAUUGCAUAAUUAUAUCAUUGAUUGUAAACUAAAGUCAAACUUAAAAAGAUAAAAGUUUUUGUGUGUAUGUUUGAGGUUAAUAAAUUAUUGUGAAUUUCAAAGGAUUUAUGUAAAGUUUUAUGUAAGGUAUCUUAAUCCUACAGUCUUGGUUGAUAUAAUGUUGGUUUAUGUUUGCUCUUUUUUAACUACUGUUAAGGAAGUCUCCUUAAAAAAAGUUGUGAUUUGUCUGUAAAUGAACCACAGUUUACUGAAAUCAUAACAUCCAUCAUUUGAUUAGGUAGCCAUAUAACUGUGUUUUUAUUCUAUGAUUCACAUAAAUGAAAUUGUUACGGGCAAAUUUGACCCAUUUUCUGAUAGAAUUUUUUAGAAAAUACAUUGUACAUUAUGUAUAUAACCUUGCACCAAAGCUUUUCUUUUAGCCUUGAGAAUCAUUCCAUAGGGACUUUGCCCUCUAAAUAUCCACAAAGUGCAAUUGGAGCAACUUUUUUUCACUUGCUAUGAGUCAAAUGAUACUAUUAUUAUAUAUUACCUGAAUAUGAUGUAUUGCUCGAAACCUUUUCUUAUCACAGACUGACUAUUCUGGUAGUUUCAGAAUUUUUGUCUUUGAUAUUGCAUAUUGUCUAAAUAUCCUAUUUUAGUUUGUUUGAUACUAUUAGCCUUUAAAGGUAAAAUGAGCUCACUAAUUUAUUACUUUACAGCCAAUUAUAGAAUUGUUUAUAGUUUCUGAAAACCUCCUUUACAGACCCUACAGAGAUACUCAAGCAACCAUAUGAAGGAAACUCAAAAAAAAAAAUUGUUGCAGUUUAUGGUCCUCCAUUAUCUUAUUUAUGAUUCAUUGAAGGGUGCAGGCUACUAUGUACAUGUACAAUGUUUUCAGCCUUCCUUGGUAGAGAUAUGGCUAAAGUCCGUCCUCAUUGCCAGAUUUAGUCAAGGGAAUUAUUUCCAUAUAGUCAACUUUUCAGAGGGGAGUUGGUGUCAAUUUAUAGCACUAACUAGUCCCUCAAAGCAAGGAACAAGUCUCAGAUACAGAAAUUGUUGUAAACAAUUGCCACCAAAAAUAAAAUCCUGUACAAUUUUAAGUACACUGUAUUUACAACUGAACUGAUCCCCUCUCUCUCAUUCACAAAGUAUUUAAUUAAUCUGUAGAAGAUGAUAUUGUUCAUAUUUUUUGUAUUUAUAUGAUGUAUCUCAAAUUCCAGAAACAUUCCAAUGUGUCAUAUUAGAUAUUUUAUUAUUACUGACAACUUUGCAUGUUUUCAGCCAGGGAAUGGGUAUAUGUUGCAAGGUUUAACUAUGACAAACAUUCUGUUCUAAAGAUAUCCAAAUUAAAAAUAUACCCAAAUAUGAUAUCAUUUGUACUAAUUUCUGUAUCUCAGUAAUGUAAAUAUAUAGACAUAAGUUAUUAAAGCAUAUUUUUAGCUCUU